AUGCAUAAUGGUAAAUAUGGUUUCAUUCAUUGCAUCGAUGCUGUGAUACGUAUACUUCGUGACUAUGAUGUGGAGUUACAUAGGCGGACAGACGCAAUUAAAACACCACUUAGCGCACUUAGUAUUAAAAUAGAGUCACAUAAAAUUAAGGUCGAUGAGGAGAAGUCUCAUGAGAUUUCCGACCAAAUUACUUCCUGGACCCAGCGCGCUAGUCAGUACAUCGACACAGCAAGGCAGGCCGAGAGUGCUCUACAGAAGAUUGAUCCUGUACUAUCAAGUAAGUUAAAAUGUAAUGUUUCAUCGGUGUUGCAGGGUGUGAAAAAGUUCAAGGAAGAGGCGGGGAAUGAGGACCUGAGAAGAAUUUAUGACCUGACUGGAACGAAUAUGUUUGAACUGCUUAGAUAUGCGGAUGAGAGAUUCAAUGCAAGCAUUGAUCAUCUAAGGAAGUAUCUGGAAAAGAAGAUCACAACACUGUGUAAUAAGCUUGAAAGUUUGCGUGAUGAGCAAUUCUAUAAUUUGAAAACGUUUGUCGAUAAUGAUCUUCAAAGAGCCUUCAAAGCAGUGGAUAUCGGGAUUAGUGAAAUUCAAAAAAGGUAUAAGGGGGAUAUCGUUGAAGGGAUAUGUGGACUAGAAAUAGCUGCUACGCAAUUUAAGAAUAAAUUUACUGCGACUCAAAGAGUGCUCAAUGUGGUAGUUGAGAAUGUGUCUAAUGACAUGAAAAAACUUCAGACACUUACAACUCUUGAGAGCAUUGAUUCCAAACUUGGUGACCAGGUGAAUUUACUGAAAGCCAUCAAGGAAGGGAAUGCAUUCGAUUCUCUCAAAUCAUAUUUCUCCCAUCUCGACGCUAAAGUUAUGAACCCUGUGAAGGAGGCGAUGAGGAAGAUAGGUGAGGGGAUUAGCAGGAUCAAUAAGGUCGACAGACAAUCGUUGGAGAGCGCUUUUUCGGCUUUUAAAUCCGACCUUAAAACUCAACUUGAAAACGUAAACAACGCAAUCAACACCCCUGGCUCAGAUCUUGACAUCACAGAGUUUCAGAUUGGCGGCGAAAAGCCUCUUUCAGAUGUGAGUAAACUUAGUGUCACUCUACUAUCUUACACCUCAAAGCUGUCAUCGUCAAUCCAGAAAUUUAAUGGACAUACUUUAAAUAUAUCAAAGACCGAAGUAUCAGAUAUCCUCACCUCCCUUGGCAAAAUUUCCCAAACCGUCGCCGAACACUCAAAGGAGGUUUUAGAAAAAACAAUGGCAGCAAUUAAGACACAACUGGAGAAGGAGAUUAAGGCUGUGGCAGGUAUAAUAAAUGAAAAGUUGACAAAGAUUAGUACGGCUCUAAAGCAUGACAAGGAAGUCGACGCCGACUACGGUGUCGGUGUAGGCCAAUCAGCUAAAGGGCUUGCGAACUUGUUUAAAAUUUUCGGAGAAAAAAUUGAUACAGUGCUCGAACAGUUGAAGAAGACUGUUGGCCACGACGGUGAAAAGGCAAGCGAUUGUAGUAUUUUCGCAGAUUUGUUUCAGCUUAAGAACAACAUCACAGAGCUGGGUCAGAAUGUUAAUGGAGUGCAGAAGAGAGUCGGAUUAGUUGGUGAAGAACUAGAGAGGUGCGUUAAAGAAUCAAUUGAUAUGCUGGUAAAAGCGCCUAGAUGGGCCGCAACCAUCGUCGAUUCAUUGCGAAAGGAAGUGAAUGCAAAAAUAGAGCAGAUGUUCAGACAUGUUCAAGAUGAAGCUAAGAAACUCUACACCAACCGCAAAAAAAUUGAGCUCUCGGCCCUACACGAAAUUGUCACCGACCAACUUAAACAAAUUACAGAGAUCAUUAAGAACGAUCUGAACACCGGCCUCAAGGGCUUCUUGAACGUCCUAAGAGACAAGCAUAAUGGAGGUCAAAAACUCCACGACCUAAAGGACAAACAAAAUGUCGAAUCUCUCUCUCCCAAAUUAAAAGAUUAUGUAUAUGACAUUUUCCAGUAUGUAUUUAUCGACCUCCCCAAACAUCUCCCUUACUCUCAAUACUCCCCCCAACUCUCCGCCAUCCACUCCGCUGUGGCCACCCUCCUCUCCCACCUGUCCGCCGCAAAACACUUCACCCACCGCGUCCCCGGAAUGCUGCAAAAUCUCAAGACAUCCGUCCAAGCACUCCACUCCACAGCAUUCGCCAACCCCGCGUAUCCCGUGCUCGACGCUUUCCCCAAGAGCCUGGAGCGCUUCGUCGAGCAGCUGGAGAAGGGGUAUGUGAACAGGUAUGAUGGUCGAACGUGGAACGAUACUAUUGAAGAUAAGCAUUGUGCAAAAAUCUUUUGCACUUUAACACCAAUGCUAUUGGAAGGUUUAGUGGGUCUGAAAGGGAAAUGCACGGAUGGAGGGAGUUGGGGUAAAAAACAAAUUAAUCUUUCUAUCGAAGAUAGAUACAAGACAGUUAACCCACUUGGUGCGUUUUUGCACGGUUGCGGGUUUCUUGUUUCCAAGUUGCCUGAUUCCCAUGAAGGGGAGCUUAGGAAUAAAGAAAACUGUACAGGCAACACCAUUGGUGGAUUGAUUGCGGCACUAACACUGUCUCCCACCGGUAACUAUAAUUUGCUAGACAUUGUACACGGAGUUUCCACUCACGUAGAUAAAUACAAUGAAGUUUGCCACUUAGAAACAUUUACGUCUACUAAGAUACCGUGCAGUAUACAUGACAUACUUAUAUGGUUCUCAGGUCUGCCGUAUAACGCUGUGUAUUCCACUCUAUUGCGUGACGGUUUUACUAGCCUCCUGCAGAAGCCUAAGCCAAAAACCAUACAGGGCAGCGACGAAUUUGAAGUGGAACUAGAUGAUCUGAAUUCCUACUACAUAGAUGCAUACCCAAAUAAGUUCACAUAUAAAAACAUUGACACCGUGCUUAAUCACAUAUGUUCUAAAUCCCACGACGUAUUGACCACAAUAGCCGGCACCGGCGACGCAAAUACCGUGUAUGCGUCCGAUUAUUGCAACAACUCUUUUAAAUUCAAAUAUCCCACGAGCGGCGAAGAUUGUUUACAUACCCUCCUUGACAUGCUUCGUCGACUCUUACCAACUCUCAGAUAUUUAUACAACCAAUGUAGGGUGAAAGCUGAACAUUACGGUUGGUGUGAUUGUAAGUAUGGUAAGGGUAUCCCUAUGGCCAAAUCUCAGUGUACCGAGCAUCCUAGUGAUGAAUCAACGUGCCGACCAAAUGGUCAACCAAGCAGCCAACCUGAGUGCCAACCAAACACUAAAGUAGACUGUCAACCUACGUCCCCACUGCAGUCCUACCUAUCCGACUGCCUUGUCGGUUGUCUUCCCCAUCAACUAACUUCCGUUGGCUGCAAGUCUGUAUGUUUAACCUGUCCUCGUAGUAAACCCGGAAUGCCCUGCUUGACACCUCUUGGUUUUAGAGGUUUCUCUGGCAGUACGAGGACGGGGAGAGAUCUUCGUGAUAUGAUUUCUGAGUUCUUCAACGUCGAUGAUCUCACAUGCCUGUUUUCACUUGUACCCAAACCUCCGGCUACCCUGCCUGAGCACUUUGCCUUUACAUUGUCUUUUGUUGACGGUUGGGAUACCAAUGGCCGUCAUCAUGUUUUGGAUAAAACCCGAGCAUCAAUUACCAAUCGGUCCAUUGAGUUAUAUAAGGACCCCAACAGUCUCACUAAUGCGCUUCGUAAAGCCUAUGGUAAUACACCGGGCGAACAUAGUAAGACGCAUUCAAAUGGUAAUAAAGUAGAUUUAUCGACCCUGUCAUUGACCACGUCUUGUAACGGGACAAACCACUGCGUCCCCUACCUAUCAACGAGAGUGCGACAAUUUCCUGAAAGCAAUAAGGAUGCCAUUCAUGUCAUUACUGCUCGCCCUCUGGUCGCUAUCGCUCCUCUACCUGCUGCACAUCACCGUCGUCCGCCUCGACGUCCUGAGGAUUCGCUCCCACCUGAGAUCGCCCUCGUCGCACCGCAUCGCCGCGCAGUCCCUCCUCGCCGUUGCAAAGGUUGGGAAAAUAGCCAACGUCAAGUACUUCUCACCAUAAUCGUGCCUUCACUACUCACCCACUCACCUAACCACCCACCCAACCACUCACCUAAUCACUCAACCACCCACCCACUCACCCACCAACUCACUCAACCACCCACCCACUCAACCACCAACUCACUCAACCACCCACCCACUCAACCACCCACUCAACCACCCACCCACUCAACCACCCACUCAACCACCCACUCACCCACUCAACCACUCACUCACUCAACCACCCACCUAACCACUCAACCACUCAACCACCUAACCACUCACUCACUCACCCAUUCACUCACCCACUCAACCACUCAACCACUCACCAACUCACUCACUCACCCACUCAACCACUCACCAACUCACUCACUCACCCACUCAACCACCUACUACUCACUCACUCAACCACACACUCACCCACCCACUCACCCACUCAACCACCCACUCAACCACUCAACCACUCACCCACUCACUCAACUACUCACUCAACUACUCACUCACCCAAUCACUCACCCACUCAACCACUCAACCACUCACCAACUCACUCACUCACCCACUCAACCACUCACCAACUCACUCACUCACCCACUCAACCACCUACUACUCACUCACUCAACCACACACUCACCCACCCACUCACCCACUCAACCACCCACUCAACCACUCAACCACUCACCCACUCACUCACAUACUCACCCACUCAACCACCCACCCACUCAACCACCCACUCAACCACUCACUCAACCACUCAACCACCCACCCACUCACCCACUCACUCAACCACUCAACCACUCACUCAACCACUCAACCACCCACCUAUUCACCCACUCACUCAACCACUCAACCACUCACUCAACCACCCACUCAACCACUCAACCACUCACUCAACCACCCACUCAACCACUCAACCACUCACCUACUCACCACAUACUCACCCACUCAACCACUCACCUACUCACCACAUACUCACCCACUCAACCACUCACCCACUCACCCACUCGCCUACUCAACCACUCAUCCACCCACCUACUCAACCACUCACCCACUCACUCAACCACUCAACCACCUACUCACCCACCCACUCAACCACUCAACCACUCACCCACCCACUCACCUACUCACCACAUACUCACCCACUCAACCACUCACCCACUCACCCACUCGCCUACUCAACCACUCAUCCACCCACCUACUCAACCACUCACCCACUCACUCAACCACUCAACCACCUACUCACCCACCCACUCAACCACUCAACCACUCACCCACCCACUCACCCACUCCCUCACUCAACCACUCACUCACCUACUCACCCACCCACUCACCCACCCACCCACUCAACCACUCAACCACUCACCCACCCACUCACUCACAUAA